UCACGUGUCUCCCUCCGCCCCGCUUUUCUCUGUCUGCUCUGCCGACACUCCCUCUCGCAGGCAUACACAACAUCUCUCUGGCAAUAUCAUAAUCACACCUUCAUCUCAGCAUCACUGCCACAAUAGCAGAUCUUUAUCCCAGCAUUACUCCACUAUCCAGCGCAGGUUCGCAAUGGAGCAGCAGUGCGGAAGCUGAUUCUCGAUGUCAUGGAAACAGAUGCUUGGAAAAGAGCGUCACAUCCCACGGUUUGAUGAGGUAAUGACGGUCAAGAUCCAUUGCUGUGAAAAGGCAGCAGUGUCAUCAUGAAUGUCUCACCAGUUCUCUUACUUGUGCUGCUCUUCUGUACCAGAGUAUCGGGACAGUGCUGGCAGGCUGCGAUCUACACGGAGAGCGUGGUGUCUCCGGAUCUGAGGAGCAGCAGUACUUUACGGGUUCCGGAUGUAUCGUCUAUGGCCCAGUGUGCGAGGGCCUGCUGUGGUCUCCUGGGCUGUGACCUGGCCUGGUUUUUUGAGCACCGAUGCUAUGUGCUCAGUUGUCAGCGAAAAGAAAAUUGCCAGCCGAAGCAAAGACCUGGUACUGACUCUCUCCUGGCCUUUUUGCAACGUGGGCCCCCGCAGACACUGGUUCUCCAAUCCUUGGUCCGAGGAGAGUCUUUCCCAAACCACUGGCAGCCUCUGCUCAGGCACAAGGGCUCUGAGGAUCCAAUGAAAGACCUUGCCUUGGUGGAAGGCAUUCAAGAUUUGGACAACACUGAUGCUGAAUAUGUUGAGAGCUUUCGAAGUUUGGAUGAAGAAAAAAGAGCUGAAGACAGCGAUGGCACAACUGUAGAACAAGAAGAAAGCCCUGGGCUAUAUCCUUGGCCGCUUGUUCAACGAAAAGAAGAAUUCAACCAAUCAGAAACGGAGAGAGUUGGUGAAAGACCGAUGACAGUGCAGGGCUCUCUUGAAAGUAGCUCCUUUCCCUCAAAUCACUUCCCAGAAAUGAGAAAUGAAAGCAGAUCAUCUCUUAUUGAAGCAGAAUCUGAUGUUACGCCCCAAACAACCACUGCACUUAACAUAACGGUUGAAGAAGACCCACACAACAUUUCUUCUGCAACUACUCCACCUAAUGUCCUGCAAGACAUCAGCACAGAGCCCUCGAGGUUCAGUAGUUUCUUAACUACUUCACUCAGCACUGAAGACACAUCACACAUGAUCACAGAAGAGCCAGAAAGAGCCCUGUCUGUGUCCAUUAAAGGACCUGUGGAAGCAACACUGCCUCAAAAUACAGUUGAACUUAUUGCUACUGUUAAUCCAGAUGACACUUCAGAGGCUCCUUACACAUAUGAGUGGACUUUGGUAACUGCUCCUGAUGGACACCACAGGGUGAUGGAGGGGCACCACAACAAGUCUAUUAAACUUUCAGAACUUUCCGUUGGUGUCUAUGCUGUCCGAGUGAGUGUGAAAGCACAACAAGCGUCUGGAGAAAGUGCUGUGAACUUCACAGUACACCCUGCAUUGGAUAUAAAUAAGCCCCCUAAAGCCGUCAGUCUGCCCAUGAGCCAAGUUGUGCUUCUCCAAGAAGGUUCCAUCUUCAUUAUUAAUGGCAGUCAGAGUGUGGAUGAUGUUGAAGUUGUCAGUUACCUAUGGGAAAAGGUGGACGGCCCUUUUUGGAAACCUGAGGGGCCUGUUGACACACCUGUACUACAGCUACAGAAUCUUUCUCCAGGAGAAUAUACCUUCAAGCUGACAGUGUCUGAUUCUGAUGGACUGACUGACUCCAGCAUUGCCACUGUAAGGGUCAGCAGCCCAAAAGAUGACCCUCCUCGGGCCAGACCAGGCAGUGACCAGGUCAUCACCCUGCCUCUCAACCACCUCACCUUGUCGGGUAACCACAGCACUGAUGACCAUGCCAUUACCAGUUACCUCUGGAGUCUCCAUCCCAGAAGCCUGACCCAGAAAGUCACUAUGCAGGAUGUGAGAUCACCUUUCCUGCAGCUCUCUGAUCUCCAGGAGGGUCGGUACACGUUUCAACUGACGGUCACUGACUCCAUAGGUCAACAGGAUUCAGACACCAUCUCAGUCACUGUGCUACCUGCAAACAAAGCACCAGUCGCUAUAACAGGGCCAGACAGGCAACUCUUCCUCCCAGUCGACAGCAUCACUUUGAAUGGCAGCGACAGCACCGAUGAUCAGGCCAUCAGCAGCUACCAAUGGGACAUGAUCAGUGGCCCUCCAGGCUUGAAGAUAAAAGAUGCCAGUAAAGCAGUUGCCAUAGCAACUGGCCUGAGAUCUGGGAAUUACAAGAUCAAACUGACUGUGACAGAUCAGCAAGGAGAAACAGACAGCGCAGUCCUGACCAUUAGCAUUAAAGAAGUCAAAAGCCUUCCACUAGUCGCCCAUGCCAGCGGCAGCCACACGCUCACUCUCCCCAACAACUCUCUGGUGCUCAGAGGCUCGGUGUCCAACAGCGGAACAGCAAACGUGUCCUUUCUUUGGGUCCGGGAUGAACAGAGUCCUGCUGCUGGGGAUGUUUUAUAUGGCUCAGAUCACGAGGCCUCCCUUUACCUCGCCAAUCUGGUAGAAGGAACGUAUCUAUUCCAACUCCGGGUCACUGAUGCCCAGGGCCGCUCGAACAUGGCUACGGCCACUGUGGAAGUACGCCCUGAUCAACGUGAGCGAGAGGAGGUGGAGCUUGAGCUGCAGGUGUGUGUGGCUCAGGUCAGCCAGCUGCAGAAGGACACUGUAGUGAGACAGCUGGCCGCCUUACUGCACGUUCUGGACUCAGACAUUGCACUGAAGGGCCUGCACGGCCAGUCAGACAUCAGCACAGUAUUUAGGUUCUCAGUGCAGGGUCCUGAUGGUACGAUCCCAGGCCCAAAGCUCACUCGUCUGCUGAGAAACCAGCUGAUGCGAGAGAAAACCGACUUCCUCCUCUUUAAGGUCUUAAGAGUGGACACAGUCAUGUGUUUGCUGCUGUGUUCUGGACGUGGUCAGUGUGACCCUGUUACAAAGAGCUGUUCCUGUGACCCUCUUUGGAUGGAAAACCCCAUUCGCCGUUUCCUUGAAGAUGGCGAGAGCAAUUGCGACUGGAGCGUGUUGUAUGUCACAAUCUCUUGUUUGGCGACAAUCAUUUUCCUCUUGUCAAUCAGCUGGAUUUGCAUCUGCUGCUGUAAAAGCUUUAGAGGAAGACGCACUAAAGUGAGAAAGAAAACCAAGUACACAAUACUGGACAACAUGGAUGAACAGGAGAGGAUGGAACUUCAGCCAAAGUAUAAUAUUAAACACAGGAGCACAGAGCACAACUCGAGUCUGAUGAUGUCAGAAUCAGAGCUGGACAGUGAGCAGGAAAACAUUUUCAACUAUGGGAGAGCCGAUAAAGCUCGGAACAGAGCCAAUGGAGUGGUCAGAAAUGGAGACACUCUCAGCCUUUGUCCUGUGGAGGGUUGAGUCUCACAUGGACAAAGACAUUUCUUCAUGGUGGAUAUUUAAAACGUGACGGUAUUGUUGAAUAUUCCACAAAUAUAGAUAAAGACUGGCUGAAAUGAAUGAAUGAGCUAAUGACUACUAAAUGAAGUUGGUCUUACAGUGAAUAAUCAUGGUUUGCUCAAGGAUUCAGUACAUUUUAGAUUUUUAGUUGCCUUAUAGUUAUACAAUCUGAAUAUAAAAAGACGUGCGUUCAACUCACACAAUCACAGUUUUCUUCGGUACUGUAUGUGCUCAAUAAUGCUUGUAUGUUCAGUGACACAGUGCAAGCAAUUGACUGGUUAUUUUGCAAUUUAUAUGAUGCUUCAAUGAUCAAUUUUAGGGAGAAGCUGCAAACAACUGAUCUAUUAGAAAAGCAAAAUUAAAAAAGAAAGCAAAUCUCAAUCUUCUUUAUGCAAGAACAUUUUAACUGUACUGAACUUUUUGAAUGUUAAUGUGUGCCUGACUAAAAUGCGCUUCAUUUUGUUAUGAUUUUUUGGUAUCUCAGUCUCGUCUCUGAUACUGUACUGUAUCUUUUUAACGUUCUGGUUUUACAAGCUAUUAAAAUUUCUGCUUCUGCUGGAAUUGCAAUAAAAGCCAUUUGGACCAGG